AUACCAUAAUGUUAUUAGGUUAAAUUAGCUGAUCUGUAUGGAUAUACUGGAUUUCCUGUGUGACGUCAGUCGCGUGACGUCACGCCAGCUCGAGCGCCACCGUUGCAGACAUGGAGGAAGUGAGAGUGUUUCCACUGUCAUGUCUGGUCCAAAACUAUGCCUGGGGGAAGGUGGGGCUGGACAGCGAGGUGGCCAAACUGGUCCUAGGUGGAGAUCCUCAAGCUGUCAUACAGGAUGACAGACCAUAUGCCGAGCUUUGGAUGGGUGCCCACCCAAAGGGAGAUGCUCUUAUCAAAGACAACAGAAUAACGCAGAGGACACUGGGGCAGUGGAUCGCUGAUUACCCAGCGUGUUUGGGGUCAAAGGUCAAAGACACAUUCCAUGGACAGCUCCCCUUCCUGUUUAAAGUGCUGUCAGUCAACACUGCACUGUCCAUCCAAGCUCAUCCCAACAGAGAGCUAGCAGCUAAGCUACAUGGCCAGUUUCCUGAGCACUACCCCGACAACAACCACAAGCCCGAGAUGGCGAUUGCACUGACUGAGUUCGAAGGCCUCUGUGGUUUUCGGCCGGUGGAGGAAAUCAUUUCCUUUCUCAAAAAUGUCCCAGAAUUUCAUGCUCUGGUAGGUAAUGAGGCAGCAGAUGAGCUGCAGAGCAGCAGGGAUAACCCUGCACGUGCCUCUCUUGCACUAAAGAAGUGCUUCAGCAGGAUGAUGAACUGUGAGAAGAAGGUAUUUGUAGAUCAGCUGAACAUGCUGGUGAAAAGAGUCUCCGAAGAAGAGGCUGCAGGAAAAGACAUAUCAGGGAGUAACGGAGAGCUGCUGCUUCGGCUCCACUCCCAGUACCCGGGUGAUAUCGGCUGUUUCUCCAUCUACUUCCUGAACCGUAUCGUGCUGCAACCAGGAGAGGCCAUGUUUCUGGGAGCUAAUGAACCUCAUGCCUACCUGUCUGGAGAUUGCGUUGAGUGCAUGGCCUGUUCGGAUAACACAGUGCGUGCCGGACUGACCCCGAAGUACAUUGAUGUGAACACAUUGUGUGAAAUGUUAAACUACAGUCCCGCUCCAGCCAGCGCCAAAAUCUUUCCCUCGGUUCAGGACCCUUCAGACCCCUGCGUUUACCUGUACGACCCACCUGUACCAGACUUCACCGUCAUGAGGAUACAGGUCCCUCCCUCUGUGAAGCAGUACACUUUGAGCCCUUUGGACUGUGCGUCCAUCCUGUUAGUGAUUCAGGGCGAGGCCAGCGCUCUCUCAGACAUCAUGCUGCACAGGGGCUCCGUGCUCUUCAUCUCAGCCAAUGAGAGCAUCACAUUGCAGGUGACAUCAUCUUCUGGGAUGACCAUGUUCCGGGCCUGCUGUCUUCUCUAGGCAAAAAAGUGGUCCUGAGUUAAUAGGACGUGUUUGCUCUCACUAAUAAGUUCAGUAUGUACAAUUUUAACCUUCUACUUUUGUUUUAAUGUUGCUUAUUCAUCAGCAACUACAAGGGAACAGAACCACUGAGGAUAUAACACACACUUCAGCAAUAUACCAACUGAUAAGAAUCAGUAUAGUGACAUCACACACACACACACACACACACAAAUAUAUAUACAUAUAUAUGUGGUGUCUUUUGCUUGUGGUCCUGUCAUUUAAACCGUAUAGUGGUUGAAUUAAGGUAUUGAUAUUUUAAUAACAGGGUGAUGGGUGAAUUUAUGAAGUGCCAGUUUUCUCAUUAUGAACAUACUUAAGGCUGAGCAUGACACAUCAAGAUUGCUUUUGUGUUUGCUUGAAGAAAAGUUAGUUGAACAAAUAUCUCUAUUACAAUUUGGGAUUUUUUUUCUCCUCCCUAUUAAUAAGCAUGUGCUUUAAAAGAAAUAGCCCAGUCAUCACACUGCUGACGUCACAUCGUGUACUACAAUUAAAUUCAUCAUUUGAAUGCGCAGAUGCAUGUUUUCUGUUUAAUAAAUAGUUGACUUAGCAUGAAUUAGCAUUCAGUCUAAAAAUCAUUGCAGCUUGCAUUAAGGUUAUGCUUAAUGUAAGCAAAAUAAAUUCUUCACUGGGAAAUGUUUUAACCUAGAAACCAUGAAAGCACAUGCUCAGUCAGCAAUCUUGUCACUCUCACCAGGUGAAACACAACUCACUAUUCAGGGACUUUUUAAGUAUAAAAAUAACCACUACUGAUAAAGUUAGAUUUUUUUUUCAGAAAGCAAACUGCUUUUACACUCUUUUAUGAAUCUGCUAAUAGAGCAGGUAUGCCCUUUCUAACAGGAUGCUUUGUCAGAUAUUUACUGUGAAAAAGGAAACCAGUGAGAACGUCGCUGAUAAAAUGUUUUUACGUGACUAGUUUGUAUGACUGUGACAGUUGUUACUGUUACUACCUCUCCUCUGUACCUGUUCCUCUGCAAGUCUGUGUCCUUUCCCCAAGACUGCUCUUACUGGAGUAACAUGAAGAUAUUUUAUGAACAAUUAUCUUAACAUUUGUUUACUGUAAACUCUGUGCACUUUUACGUGAGGUUGCCUGAAGCUGGUUGUGUCCCAGAUCCUCAAUCAGAUCUCAGUGUUUGCUACCUCCAGUGAAGGUACUGAAUGGAAUGAAGGCAUGGAUUAGCAUUUUUGAAUCUGCUGUGGCAUGUGGUUGUCUAUAACUCUAUGUAAACUCUAAUAAAUACAAUUCUGUAUGAA